CGGGGCCAGUCACGUGAGGCGCGGAUCCCGGGUGGGAGGGGGCUGGCUCGGGGUCCAGAGCGGCUGUAGGGGAGGAAGAUGGCGGGGUGCAGGGGGUCCUCGUGCUGUUGCUGCCGAUGGUGCUGCUGCUGCGGGGAGCGUGAGACCCGCACCCCAGAGGAGCUGACCAUCCUUGGAGAAACUCAGGAAGAGGAGGAUGAGAUCCUUCCAAGGAAAGACUAUGAGAGCCUGGAUUAUGAUCGCUGUAUCAAUGAUCCUUACCUGGAAGUUUUGGAGACCAUGGAUAAUAAGAAAGGUCGCAGAUAUGAGGCAGUCAAGUGGAUGAUGGUGUUUGCCAUUGGUGUCUGCACUGGGCUGGUGGGUCUCUUCGUGGACUUCUUCGUGCGUCUCUUCACCGAGCUCAAGUUUGGAGUGGUACAGACAUCGGUGGAGGAGUGCAGCCGGAAAGGCUGUCUUGCCCUGUCCCUCCUCGAGCUCUUGGGUUUCAACCUGACUUUUGUCUUCUUGGCGAGCCUUCUUGUCCUAAUUGAGCCAGUGGCAGCAGGUUCCGGGGUACCUGAGAUCAAGUGCUAUCUGAAUGGUGUGAAGGUGCCUGGGAUCGUCCGUCUCCGGACCCUGGUCUGCAAAGCCUUUGGAGUGCUGUUCAGUGUGGCUGGAGGGCUCUUCGUGGGGAAGGAAGGCCCCAUGAUCCACAGUGGAGCCGUGGUGGGAGCCGGCCUCCCUCAGUUUCAGAGCAUUUCCUUACGAAAGAUCCGGUUUAACUUCCCCUAUUUCCGAAGUGACAGAGACAAGCGGGACUUCGUAUCAGCAGGGGCGGCUGCCGGAGUCGCUGCCGCUUUCGGGGCUCCCAUUGGGGGUACUCUGUUCAGUCUGGAGGAGGGCUCGUCCUUCUGGAACCAAGGGCUCACGUGGAAAGUGCUCUUUUGUUCCAUGUCUGCCACCUUCACCCUCAACUUCUUCCGUUCCGGGAUUCAGUUUGGAAGUUGGGGUUCCUUCCAGCUCCCUGGAUUGCUGAACUUUGGCGAGUUUAAGUGCUCUGACUCUGAUAAAAAAUGUCAUCUCUGGACAGCUCUGGAUUUGGGUUUCUUCGUCGUGAUGGGGGUCACUGGGGGCCUCCUGGGAGCCACAUUCAACUGUCUGAACAAGAGGCUUGCAAAGUACCGUAUGCGAAACGUGCACCCAAAACCCAAGCUCGUCAGAGUCUUAGAGAGCCUGUUGGUGUCUCUGGUAACCACCGUGGUGGUGUUUGUGGCUUCAUUGGUGUUAGGAGAAUGCCGAGAGAGGUCAUCUUCGAGUCAAAUCGGUAAUGACUCAUUCCAGCUCCAGGUCAUGUCAGAAGAUGUGAAUUCAAGUAUCAAGACCUUUUUUUGUCCCAAUGAGACCUACAAUGACAUGGCCACACUCUUCUUCAAUCCCCAGGAGUCUGCCAUCCUUCAGCUCUUCCACCAGGAUGGUACUUUCAGCCCCAUCACGUUGGCCUUGUUCUUCGUCCUGUAUUUCCUGCUUGCAUGCUGGACGUACGGCACUUCCGUUCCAAGUGGCCUUUUUGUGCCCUCUCUGCUGUGUGGAGCUGCUUUUGGACGUUUAGUGGCCAAUGUCCUCAAAAGCUACAUUGGAUUGGGCCAUAUCUACUCAGGGACCUUUGCCCUGAUUGGCGCCGCCGCAUUCUUGGGUGGGGUAGUCCGUAUGACUAUCAGUCUCACUGUCAUCCUGAUUGAAUCUACCAAUGAGAUUACUUAUGGGCUUCCCAUUAUGAUCACGCUGAUGGUGGCCAAGUGGACCGGGGACUUUUUCAGUAAGGGCAUUUAUGAUAUCCACGUGGGCCUGCGCGGAGUGCCUCUUCUGGAAUGGGAGACAGAGGUGGAGAUGGACAAACUGAGAGCCAGUGACAUCAUGGAGCCCAACCUGACCUACGUCUACCCGCACACGCGCAUCCAGUCACUGGUCAGCAUCCUACGCACCACGGUCCACCACGCCUUCCCUGUGGUCACCGAGAACCGGGGCAACGAGAAGGAGUUCAUGAAGGGCAACCAGCUCAUCAGUAACAACAUCAAAUUCAAGAAGUCCAGCAUCCUCACCCGAGCCGGCGAGCAGCGCCGACGGAGCCAGUCCAUGAAGUCCUACCCGUCCAGCGAGCUGCGGAACAUGUGUGAUGAGCACAUAGCCUCCGAGGAGCCCGCCGAGAAGGAGGACCUCCUGCAGCAGAUGCUCGAGCGAAGAUACACUCCCUACCCCAACCUAUACCCUGACCAGUCCCCAAGUGAAGACUGGACCAUGGAAGAACGCUUCCGCCCUCUGACCUUCCACGGCCUGAUCCUCCGGUCGCAGCUUGUCACCCUGCUCGUCCGAGGAGUUUGUUAUUCUGAAAGUCAGUCGAGUGCCAGCCAGCCGCGCCUCUCCUACGCCGAGAUGGCCGAGGAUUACCCGCGGUACCCUGACAUCCACGACCUGGACCUGACGCUGCUGAACCCGCGGAUGAUUGUGGACGUCACUCCGUACAUGAACCCUUCAUCCUUCACUGUUUCCCCUAACACCCAUGUGUCCCAAGUUUUCAACCUGUUCAGAACAAUGGGCUUGCGGCACUUGCCCGUGGUGAACGCCGUGGGGGAGAUCGUUGGGAUCAUCACACGACACAACCUGACGUACGAAUUUCUGCAGGCCCGACUGCGGCAACACUACCAGACCAUCUGACUGGCCAGUGCGCGCUCCCUGCCACGUGCCGGCCUGCCCACUGGGGAGGCAGCUCUCCCCUGCUCCACCACCACGGCUGGCUGGGGCGGUUCCAGGGCACGGAGCAUCCCCAGUCACCCACUUGCUUGGAAAGCCUACAGUCAUGCAACACUGCUGGUCAGAGAUCCUAGGGAUGGUAUUGAACCACCAGAGUUGGCACUUACUUGUGUGACUUCCUCAGCAAGUAUCCUCCUGUUCCCUGCUCCCUGCAUUCUGCCAUCCAGUGCUGGCACAGGUCCCUCCAGCCAGAGGGUGCCAGGACCAGAGCAGGACGUCAGGCCUCCCCUGCUGGAGAUGACACCCAGAGCAGUUGUCCGGCUCCCUCUCCUCUGCUUUCCUAGGGAACCCAGCUGUGGCCUUAAACCGUAAUGGGAGGGACUCUGGCUAAGGCAAACACUGGGAAGGAAUGCCAGUUGCAAAAUGCAGUGAAUCACUAAAUUUAGGAGUUGGACAUCAAGGAAAAGAUGCAGGUUUCAGGGAGGCCUUCCUUUGUUGGGACUCUUAACUCGACAUCAGCAGCAGUUCAUUUUAAGGACCCUUUCUGCUUCCUGGGCGUGAGCCGGGGUCUGGUCUCAGCCCUGUGGUUUCAGUCUUCUCAAAACCACUUGCCUCCAGAAGCACAAAGCACUAAAGUCCUACAAAUAGUCUCUGAAAGAUAAAUCCCAUCUGCCCUGAGUUUUCACAUUUCUAGCUUUCUCUCCAUUUCCAAAUUACUCAUGUUUCCUGGUGACAUGUUUUUGUCCCUGGUUGUUUUCAUCUCCAGUGAAUUACUAGUAAGUUUGUACUCCCAGUGUCCUGGUAAAGCAGCCACAGCCCAGAGGAUCUUGAUGUCACCCCUGCCUCCCAAGUUAACUAAAGAAGGGCACCACUACGUAAAACCACUUCAUUUUAUUUAUAAGAUGGGAAGGAGUGUAUCCUGAGCCACUAAAUGGUACAUGAUAGGGCUUGACAAGCCGGUGUUAGGAUAGGGCAGGUGGUUUACUCGCCCCCCGCCCUUGACAGAAUCUCGCUGCCCUGCCGCCAGCCAUCCCCGGCCAGCGGAGGGGCUCAGGAAUGGGAACUUGAGGCGGGUCUGCUGUGCUGCCCUGGGGCUGGGGUGAGAGGGUGCCUUCCUGAAUGUGCCCCCUGCAGUUCUAGCAUUAAAUACUGGGAGCCUGCCCCUGUCUGUCCAUGUCUUUGUGCCUCUCCGGGCAGGCUGGUCCUCUCAGCAGGCGCCCAGUGUGAACACGGGAGCAUCAGGCACUUGCCCUUGUUUUCUUCUGCCCUGUGACAAAUGUCCUUUGGGACUCCAGAUGGCAUUUACUUGUUUUUAGUUUUUUGGGUUUUUCUUACAUCGUGGAAGUCGUCUGAGGGCGUCGGUGCCUGGCCCUGGCAGCACUCUUCCCCUCUCACCCCUUGCUGACUUCCUGUCCCAGGACUGCCUUUCAGCCCCCGGAGGGGCUGUCAGUCCCAGUUUUGCCAGCUUAGGUCUUGGGUUCUGCCCCUUCCCACCCUUUUCUUCCCAUUUUCUUAUCUCUCUGACCCAAAGUACUCUGACUUCUAAAUUUCUCAGCUGCUUUGGAUGCACUUGACUUGUGAAUUGUGGGCAAAACUCCCACUAAAUAGUUUGGGAACUCACAAGGACCGGAAAGGCAAGCCCUUCUAAAUGUGACAGCUCACUGCCGCUUUAUUUCAAGGCAGCCAUUGGAGCUGGACUACAUUAUUUCUUUUAUUAAGAGGGAUGCCAGUUACCCAAGUCCUGAGGAUGGCGUGACGGCCCAUCACAGGACUUCUGUCCCCUCUUCCCAUCCCUCACUGAAUAUGGCAGAACCCUAAGUCCUGCAGGAGCUUUUCUGGCCUCCCGGGGUCUAGGUCACCAGCCACUUGUCUCAGUGCCACCCUCGAGGAAUGUGGCUGGAAUUUAUCCCUCAUGCAUAUCGUGUUGCAUUUAAGUCACCAGAUAUUUUGCUCCCAGCAGUGUGGCCCAGAGAUACACUAGAAUGCAAAUGCCUCCCUCCCCGUGAACUGACCGGAUGGUCCCCACAGAGGACCCAGAUCCCUCUGGCAAGGCCCGUUCUUUCCCGUCCUCUGUCCGCCCUUGCCAAGCCCAGAGAACCGCUGCUCCACCUGGAACCGGGAGCCUGGCUCCUUUGCUUACUAAUCGUUAGAGACGCACAUUUUCAACAGCUCACCUAUUACCAGCCCCAUCGCCUCCGAGUGACAUGGGACCUCAAGAAACAAAAAUCCACAAAGGGGGCUUUGGGACUGGCUAGAGCUGGUUUUCUGUUUCACCUCAGCCUAGUGUUUUGCUAGGUUCCCCAAGGAAGGUGACUGGGGGGCAGGGAGCAAAAGCCCCUCCUGACUGGGAACCUUUGCCUUCUGGGGGAUGAUUUGCUCAUAGCCUUGCUUAACUAAUGGUUCCUGGCUGGAGAGGACGCUCGCUUUACCCGGCCUACCAUAUGUUUCCGAUGCAGAGUUGAGCACUGACACCGCCCUCGGAGACAAGGGAGGCCAGAAGCGCCCUCCUGGGCCCGCAGUAUUAUGUGCAGCGUUGCCCCACCGCUUUGUGCACCUGGGUCAUUUCAACAGUAGCAGCUUUCUGUGUUCUGUUUGCACUGUUAACAGUAAUGUGAGCUAAUUCCAGUGUGUAUAUAAAUUGUAUUUUUUUUAAUUUGUAAAAUUCUAUUUUUAUUUGAUCUUUUGGAACUUGGAAGUUCCUCAUUGUAACCAUAACAUGUCAGAAUAAAAUGUCUUUCUCUGUCUCGUUUA